AUGCUGAGCCGAACUGAACACAGAGGAGUGUGUAGGCUGCUAUCAUCAGUGAUGUCUGGAACAGAGUCUCAUACAGACAGAGAGGAGGACUACAGGUUCCUCCACAGUAUGUUGAUGGAGAAGAAGCUUCACCUGCUCUUCAAGAUCCACGAGCGGCUGAAGCGCUUUGAGAAGCGAAGCCCCAUCCCCGUCCAAGAACACGCGGCAAGUCUGGCCUCAGACUUGGCGGAGGAGCUGAUGUACGAAGGCUGGAGAGAUGAAGUGAAAGAACUGGUUUCCCUCUUUUCCAAACCCCACUUUAAGAGUCUCCUGUCUGUCCAUGAUGCUGUAGCCCAGAGAGACUUUGAGCCUACUCUGCCACCGGUACCUGAUAAUGUACUGGAGGAGGACGAGGAUUCGGUCAAAAUUGUCAGUCUGGUCAAAACCAAAGAACCUCUGGGGGCAACAAUUAAGAGGGAUAAAGCCUCUGGAGCCAUUGUAGUGGCGAGGAUCAUGAGAGGAGGUGCAGCUGAUAAAAGCGGCCUGAUCCAUGAAGGAGAUGAGCUGAAAGAGGUGAAUGGAGUCUCACUGGAGCACAGAAAGCCAAAGGAAAUCCUUCCCCUACUGGCUCAUUCUCAGGGUGACAUUACAUUCAAGAUAAUUCCUGCCUGUUCAAAGGACGAAAUGUCUUCAAAUAAGAAGAAGCUCUUUGUACGGGCUCUUUUUGACUAUGAUCCAAAAGAAGAUCCCGCUGUCCCAUGCAAGGAGGCAGCAGUCUCCUUUAAAAGGGGUGACGUCCUCCACAUUGUCAGCAUGGAGGAUGACACCUGGUGGCAGGCCUGUCACCUCAGGGACAGCAACAGUCGGGCAGGGAUCAUCCCCUCACAGCAGCUACAUGAGAGGAGAGUUGCACUACAGCGACCCAAAGCCCUGUUCAAGCCUCGGCAAGUUAACCCACCAGAUGAGGGGGAAGUCAUGGAGGAUGUAGACUAUGGAGCUCUAACAGGGAUCCACAUUGCUGGUUUACGAAGGAGUUUCCGACUUGGUAGAAAGAGCAGCAGGGCCAGAGAAGCUGCUCGCUCCAGGAGGUGGAGUGCGGGGGUACAUAGCUCAUUUCGUCCCCCUACCUACAUAGAGGUGAUCCCCUAUCGCAGAGACCCCAAGGACAGACACCGUCUGGUUGUUCUGGUUGGGCCCAGCGGCGUUGGCGUAAAUGAACUGAAGAGGAGGCUCCUGAUUUCCGACCCCGACCGCUAUGGCGUCACUGUACCGCACACCACGCGUGAGAAGAGGAGGCAGGAGAAUGAAGGGAUUGAUUAUCAUUUUGUAUCAAUUCACAUGUUCGAAGAGGACAUUCUCAAUAAUAGGUUUAUAGAAUAUGGCAGAUACAGAGGUCAUUACUAUGGGACAAGUCUAGACUCUGUGCACAAAGUGAUGGCUGAAGGCAAGGUGUGCAUCCUGGAUGUGCAUCCUAGUAAAAUAAAGCACGUGUACACAUCUGAAUUCAAACCAUACGUGGUGUUCGUGAAACCCCCGCGUAUCGAGGAGCUACGUCUCACCCGACGGAGAGCGAAAUUCAUCUGCGAUGAAGAGGACACAAACCCAGUCAGGAUCUUUUCAGAGGAGGAUUUUGAGGAUAUGAUUGGCUUGGCUGAAACCAUGGAGAACCAGUAUGGUCACCUGUUUGACAGAGUGAUUGUUAACGGGGAUAUCGCCGUGGCGUUCAGGGAGCUGAAGGCAGACCUCAAGAAGACUGAGGAGGCAGAAGUCCAGUGGAUUCCUGCACAGUGGAUGUGCUCCUCGCCAGCGGCACGGAGAAGUUGUGGUCAUUUGACCGGCUGGAUUUGA